AUGACGUAUUUUGUCGUUCGACUAACACGCGAUCGGGAAACGGCAGAUCUGCGACUACAGCCAUCCGAAAGUCAGGCUCGGCGCUGGGAGCGCAUGUUUGUUGUAGAGAUCAAUGGCAGCACGCAGGGUGCUGGCAGAAGUGAGACGGCGGCAGGCAGACGAGCAUACAUGUGUUGGGAGGUCAGCCUUGGCACCUGCCAAGCCUACUCCCCUACUACUGUGGGCUCCUGGCUUGACCUGCCGCUAUAUAUGAGCCGUGAGGAGCAACACGUGAAGGUGGUGUGGCAUGAUGAGGAAUGCCUUGUUCAAGGCUCCGCUGCUGAUAUUCCCCCGACAUCGGGUGAAGCAUUCAGCAUGCUCGUCGAUUUCUGUCUGCUCCAUGAACUCGGUACCCAGUUUCUGGCUUCUUUCGCGGCAGCAUUAACAUUUCCGACACACAACCACUACAAAGUCGCUAUUGAACUCCCAGUUCCUGACAAUGCUAAAGAUUCGACCGGACCGCCUCCAGCACAACAAGAUGCGACAGACGAAUGGGCCGUCCUAAAUGAGCAGCUGCCUUAUUACGUGACCUUGAGCUGCAAUUACGCUGUCGUGAUUUCAAGCCUCUGCGGCUCAUUUUGGGAACCCAGCGUUCCUUGCAACCUAGUUAGUGCUUGGUUGCACCCUGUCUUGAAAGAAAUACCACGGAAACGUGAGAUCGUCGAUAGUCCGGGACGAUACACUGAGUUUCUCGCGCUUAUAUGUGGUUUUCGUCGUCCACCCAUCUUUGCACUCUGGAUCGGAGCUGCGAUUAGUGGACUGGUACCUAAGAUUCUCAAUUUAGUUGGUGGUGGCACACCCCCCCUGGAUCCCAACGGGUUUCCGUGGACCGGUUGUCCUCAGUCUUUCAUGGACCUGGCAGGCUCAGGACCGUACUUCGGACAACACUCUGGAGAAAGCAUGGUUGAAAGAGUGGAUGCCUGGCGUCUUCUCUACCUUCCGGUGGUCGAACCUGAUGGUCUAUAUUACGAGAGCUUCCCAUUCUCGCCCUGGCAACCUGUUGGCUUUACUAAAGAUAAAAAUUGUGUUUUCCGAGUUCGGGCCCACGAAUCCUGUCCGAGACACCGCCUUGUGUAUGAAUAUUGGACGUGGCAGUUGCCGAAUGGUUCCACUAUCCACGACAAUGGCCUCCAAUCCUCUGAACCCCGAAGCUAUCCAGAAACAGAGCUUCUCCCUCCAAGAAGCGUUGAUCCUGUCAUACCACUUUCAGAUCAAGAGGCGUCCCGCGAGGAAGCAACAGAAGUGUUCCGAUGGGUUUUGGCAAACCACGAAGGCAAGCCUGCUUCGGAGCCCAUUUACUAUGAUGACUGGAUAGCAGACUGCGACUACAGUGAUGGCUCGUUGCAAGAAAGUGCUGCCGGUGACACUUGCAGCAUGCCGGAUACCAGCAACCAGGGCCGACUCUCGAUUGUGGAAUGGAUGGAUGGUGUUGAGAUUUCUUAAGAUUUUUUUUUUAAAAAACUCAGUAGUUUCCCCAGAUCUUAAUCUAUAAUCCACCUCACUGAACACCCUGGA